AUGGUCGCCCAAGAACCAGUCCUCUUCUCGGGCAGCAUCGCAGAAAACAUCUCCUACGGCAAGCCCACGGCCACGCGUGCGGAGAUCAUCGCGGCGGCCAAGAAGGCCAACUGCGGCUUCAUCAGCGACUUCCCCGAGGGGCUAGAAACCCAGGUCGGCGCGCGCGGGGCGCAGCUCUCGGGCGGGCAGAAGCAGCGGAUCGCGAUCGCGCGGGCGCUGCUCAAGGACCCGGACAUCCUGCUGCUGGACGAGGCGACGUCGGCGCUCGACGCCGAGUCUGAGACGCUCGUCAACUCGGCCCUCGCCGCCCUGCUGCAGGGCCGCGCCACCACCAUCUCCAUCGCCCACCGCCUCUCCACCAUCAAGCGCUCCGACCAGAUCAUCGUCCUCUCCAGCGAGGGCACCGUCGCCGAGGUCGGCAGCUACGCCACCCUGAGCGCGAAUAAAGAUAGUGCUUUCAGCAAGCUGAUGGAGUGGCAGAUGAGUGGUGGUGAGGAGAUUGAGGAGGAGUUGGAGCAGGAUCGUUUGGAGGAGGAGGAGGAGGAGGAGGAUGACUACUUGGAGGACGAGGCGGAGGAGAAGAAGAAGGGGGAGGAUGAGAAGAAGCGUUAG